AUAGUCAUCUUCUUUUUACUCCUACUUGAGUCGAGUGUUCAAAGACUACAUUAACCUUUGUUUGGUUUAUAGAUAUAGGAUGUCAGAAUAGGGUCGUUUGGAUGGGUUAAUUUGCAAUGUGGUAUUUGUAGAGUCAAAUAACUCAUUUUUGUUCACGUGGUAUUUCAGUGGUAACUGAAAUAAAGUAACUCGUUUGGUUGAACCAUGCAAAUGUGGUAUUUGACAUGUGGUAUUUGAUAAAAGCAGAGUGAUAAAACGAGUUAUUUCGAAAUAACACAUGGGUAUAAGUUAUUUCAAAUAACUCGUUUUGAGUUAUUUGUAAAUAACUCACUGUCCAAAUAACUCAUUUCACUAAAACGCUGCCAAACGAGUUAUUUGGGUUCAAAUAACUCAUUGUGAGUUAUUUGAACCCAAAUAACUCAUACAAAUACUCCAUCCAAACGACACUUUUAACAAUAAAAGUGUCUUAACAAAUAUUUUUAAAAACUUGAGCUCAUUUAGCUUCUAAUUUAUUUGAGGUGAAGGAAAGUAACAAGUUGAUGCCUAUUCAUUUUAAUAAUUUAUUCCAUAGCGCUUGUGUGCCUUUUCUACUUUAAUUUCUUUACAUCCUCCUUCACCUUUAGCCUUCAGGACUCCCCCGCAUAAGCUUCCAUAAACAAACGUAAGCACCUAUUUUCUUCUAGUCAUUUUAUUUUAAAAGUUUGUUCACUUAAAAAAUUUAUUGCAUGUAUCUUCCUAACAUAAAUAGCAAAGCACCAUAUAAAAAAUAUAGAUCAAAAUGGUAAAUUUAGUGAUAAAAUGUGCUAUUUAGCCUUAUAUAAAUAGAGUAUUUAUGAAAUUAUUUAAAUAAGUCUUUCUCAAAUUUGAUGGUUGCGGAUGGAGUGAUUAUGGAUGCCCAGGGGAGCGAUUUUGAAAGAAAUUCAAUUGUUUUGCCGGUGUUUUCGUUUCUUUUAUUUCUGCAGGGUUUGUUGUAGUUAGAAUAGGGUGAUGCAUUUGGUGACUAGACUAGUCCUUUUAUUGUACGCUAUUUUGGUAGGGUUCGAUUUUCUUUCUUAGCUGUGAUCAGCCAUGUGACUCUAGUGUAACUCUCUUAUCUUGGUAAAACGAGUAAUCUUCUGGAAAAAAAAAAUUUUGUCGAAUUUUCAUGGUCCAUGAAACCGUACCGGAGACCGUAUCGGGAAAGUCAGCGGUAGGGUAUUUUAUGGUAAAACCGUGGUUUAACCGUAGUUCAACCGUUAUACCGGUAAAUGCCGCAUAUCAGUUUAGCCUCCGAUAUUGGUAUUUCGUGGUUGAACCGAUGGUACGGUAUGAUUUAAUGGACACUGCGAAUUUUAUACCAUCUCAUGUUGGUUAAACCAUUUUUAAGGAAUUGUCCAGACCAAUUAAACUUCAUUUAAAAUUAAUUUGAUCGAUUUGGUUAAACUAUUUUGUUUGGUUCAACAAAAUUCUCAAUUGUAAUUUUUGUGUAUUAUUAUUAUCACACAGCUACCUGCUAUUGCCACAUCAGAUCCUUGUUCUUCAAAAGUCAAAUCUCAUCCAUCCAUAGACCAAUCAUAUCAUUUCAGCCAGGUGGCAGAAGGACCAAACUGAAAUUUGCCAAAACCGAACGCCAUAACAUCUCUCACUCGCUCUCAUUCCGAAUCGACCAAGAAACAGAGAGAAAAAUAAUCGAUCAUCCGUUUUUCAUAAUAAUAAAUUACAGGAAAAGGCGGCAAUCCCAUUUCAUAUCCAAUUUCUUACAUGGCAAAGUCGCUGCUGUUGUAUCUGCAUUACUAUUCCCCCAUCGCCACCAGCGCUAGGUCAACAAGAAUAAUCUGUUCAACCGGCGGUGGCGGCAAGAAGAACCCGCCGGACCACCCGAGAAGGAGUCACCGGGCGAACCACGACCCGGCCAAACUGAAAAACAAGCAGAAAUACAUGGACCUCGCCGCCGCCGGAGAGGGCGGAGGAGGGCGGAGGCAUCCUCUGUCGGAGGUGGUCUCCGAUUGCGUCAGGCGGUGGUUCGAGGACACGCUGAGGGAUGCCAACGCCGGCGACAUCGGGAUGCAAGUGCUCGUGGGUCAGAUGUAUUGCGCUGGCUAUGGUGUCCCCAAAGAUGUCGUAAAGGGGAGAGCUUGGAUUAAUAGGGCUUCAAAGACUCGAUCUUCUGCUAAGAAAGUGGGAGAUAAGCACCCUGGUUACAAUGCAAGUGACUCCGAUUCAUAAGAAGCUGCACAUUGACCAUUCUUAUCUGAAAGCACGAGCAGGAUAGGUGAGCUUAUUCUGAUUUUGGGCAUUUCUCAUUGUCAUGUUGUGUGCUUCUAAGUGGGAUACUUUUGGUUCUUGGAUAACUUGUUAUCUUUAUUAACAUGAAUGUGUGCUGAUCCAUGCUGCAACUGCUACAUUUACCUAGCGGAUAGAAUCAGUUGUUAGCUUACAAUGAGCUAGAUACAAUCAACAUUACAAAUGGUGGUUCAUACAUAGAUACAUAAAACCGGAACUGCUACAGAUGGG